CCAUGGGGGCGCGGCUGGGGCGACGGGCAAGGGCAGCGGCCGGUUCAGAUGCCCCUGCGGCGGCGGGAGCUGGGCCCGCGCCCUACGAGCGCCGGGUGCGCUGGCUGCGAGAGAUCCAGUCCACGCUCCGCGAGCGGCGGCCGGAGCGCGCUCGGCAGCUGCUGCGCCUCCUGCGCCAGGACCUGGGCCUUGAAGGGAACCUCCUCACUGACAUCCUCUACAGGAACGUGGCUUUGCUUAACCUGGUGGACCCCAUCUCCCAUGACUUGCUGGUGAACCUGGCCCGGGACCUGCAGUGCCCCAAGAAGGACCACGAGCCCUGGAAGUCCUCUGAUAAGAUCUGUCGGCAGCUCAUCUACCACCUGACUCCUCACUCCAAGCGAAAGCCCCACCGGAAAACCCAGAACAGCCUCAAGAGCAGCCUCCAGAAGACUCUGCUGGUAGGGGAGACUGUGGACCUUUCUGGCAUCCCGCUAUCCGCCCGAGAUGUGCAACACAUAACACGCUACCUGGGCAGCCACGGCGUUGAGCUGGUGGUCCUAGACCUGAGCUUCACGGGGCUGAGCGAUGAGCUGCUGCACCUGCUGCUGCCCAGCCUUUGGGCUCUGCCCCGCCUCACCCAGCUGCUGCUCAAUGGCAACCGACUUACGCGAGCUGCUGCCCGUGAGCUCACUGAGGCUAUCAAGGACACCACCAAAUUCCCGGUGUUGGCCUGGGUGGACCUGGGUAACAAUGUGGACGUGGCCUCGCUUCCCCAGCCCCUGCUGGUUGGCCUGCGAAGGCGCCUGAGUCAGCACACUUCCCUCCCCACCAUCUAUGAGGGUCUGGACCUCGAGCCCGGGGGUGGCGUGGCUGAGGCCACCGCUGCUGUCUCCACCUGGGGCUCUGCAGCCACCGAGCCAGGACCAGAGCCUCAGGGUUGUUGUGCUAGGUGACUAAGUACUGGUCUGGUCCAUUGCUACUGACUGGGGUCUUUUAAGAACGAGGUAUCGAGGACCCACAAUGUCCCACAGAGAGUCAGCGCAAAUGCUCAACUUGGGAUGAAGCGGGCGGGAGAAGGGUUUCAUGGAAGACAGGUCAGCCAGCCCAGGCUAGGGGCUCCACCUCACCCAGCAAGGAGGGGCCCCACAGCCCAGACCUUCCAGGAAAGCAUGGUGGCCCUCACCUCAGGCUUUCUGUUCUACGGACUUCAGACUCACUGAGCUUAGGCUUGCUGCAGAGGUAGGGAAACCUCACCUGCCAAGAAUGGGUGGACCAGAGCCAACCAGAGCUAUGCUGAUGGCCUGUUAGUGCUCACUGACAAGGCUCAAUGGAGACCGAGGUGUAGGGGGUCAUAGAUUCAAUGGUAUGGACUUGGCCGUGAGAGGAGACAUGACAUCUGGGCAGCAUUUGAGCUUUAUACAUCUGGGGGUUCAGGGGAGCAGGUUGGGAGUCACAGACAGGCCGAGCUUUGUAUGGGGCCCCUCACCAAGUGCAGUCGGGGGCCCUUCAGUGUGCGCUGGGCUGGGGAAAAGGCUUCACACACCAAAGGCAAAGCCACGGUGGAUCUGAGGGGGCUGAGUCUGUGCUUGUCCCCAACAGGGCACAGCACUGCCCACUCUCCCCAGCUCUGGUCCCCAGACUUCCUGUACAGGGUGAGGAGAUCUGGCUGGCUAGAGAUGAGAUAUGGUGUUUCCUCUAGCUCUGGGGUCACACACAGCAUGUUAGGGGUGGAGGGAGAGUACAGCACAACAGACCUAAGGGAUCUCUAUGGGGAGUUACGUCUUCCUCCCCUAAAUCUCUCAAGGUGGGUUCCCAACUAGAAGCCUAGUGCCUGGUCACCCUCACUGCCCCAUUUAGGAGACUAGAGUUUUUAGCUCAACCAGUAGGCGUACAGAGCAUGUGGGGAAAGGGACUCAGAGAAGCUCUGGGUGGGGAAAUCAGUGGCCUAAGGUCUCUGUGUAGAGUCAAGACUUAAGGUCUGGUGACAAUGGAGAGACCCGGUAACAGAGGGCAGCCUGAGGGCCCUGGUAAAGCCUGGGGGUGGGGAGUCUACACUGGACCCAUGUGCCUAGAGCCCAUCAGCUCUGAUCCACCCACCUCCCUGUCCAUCUCCAGGCAGACAGUAAGUUUAGCACCCCCAAAAACAUCAGUUUCAGCAGAUCCCCAGACCAGUGGCCAAGACGGGAGUGGGCUGGAUUAUGUCACUCCCAGGACUGGAACAGGUCCGGUGAGGGAAAGGAUUUCACCUCAUGCUCCACUGCUUUGGACAACUGCUUAUCAAGGGACAAUGAGAACGCAGGCCUCUGGCUCUGCUGUCUACUUGCCUGGGGAACUGGCUGUGCCCUCUACUUUAACCCAACUUCCCCCUGUCUGUCAAACAGAACUGACUGUCCUGGAUCCUGGCACUCAGUGCUUCAUCUAGGGGUACUAACCUCACCCUCUGUCUCUCCCCCACCCCCGCUUGUUUUAAAGAUGUGGCUUGGAGUUAGAGAACUUUCCCUGUGCCUUACUAACUCGGGACAAGGGUUUGGGCUUUCUGGAGCCAGGCAAAGCUGAGUGUAGUAUGGGCCAGCAGUGAAGGGAGAGCCAGGUUUGGGCCCAGCAGACUGAUAACCCCGUCACAUGCCCGGGGAAGCUGAGUUCUCCCUGUAACUCCUUCCCGGACCACACCAGAGCUCGGGGUCUGCCCUGGCCUUCUUACUCUCUGCCCACAGCUGGUCUGAGGUGGGCCCACAAACCUUUAGAUGUCACUGUGCAGCGAGAUUCCUCUUAGGAUGAUGUGUGACGUCCGGAGCAAGGUGUCCCAGGCGGUGUCCAGGCAAAUCCAGGUGGCAGCAGAUGGUCUCAAUUUCUCCACCUUUUACAGGCAAGUGGUGCAGCAGCUGAGCCAGAUCCUGAGACGGCUUAGGAGAUGUGGCCAAAGUUGGCCUCGCUGCUUGCUAUGCAAGUGGUCCUGGCCCUUCACGGACUUUUCAUGACUAACCAGCAGGGAGAUUCCAUGGGCAGGGACAGAGAUUUCCAGAAGUGAGGGCUGUGUCUUGUCUUUGUGCGACUGUAACAGAACACCACAUCCUGGUAAUUUAUAAACAACAGAAGUCUACUUAGCUCGUGGUUCCAAAGGCUGAGAAGUCAGACAGAAGGCGUGCAUCUGGUGAGGGAGUUCUUGCUUUGUCACUGUAUGUAUCACACGUCUGGAGAGCAUGGAAGGGGGUCCACUGUGGCAAUAAGGACUUACAUGCAUGAGGGCAGAGCCCUGCAGACCUAAUCACUCUUUAAAUCGUGUCUCUUACCUGGUGGGUUUUCAGUGCAUGCAUUCUGUGGGAGGGAUUCAAGCCUGUAGUAUGCUCCAUUCAGUUUGGUGGUGAGGAGAGCCUCGGCUGGGAGAGAAGGAAGCAUGUAGGGCCUUGCUCGGGUGCCAGCUUGGAGACACACAAACCCAUCCAUGGUCCAGACCAUCACUUUCUACCAGUGUGGUCCAUUUGGGAACUAAGUACAAAAGUCCUUCUUGUCCUUCUGAAGUGAGGAGGAAAUGAGAUUUGAAAAGAGCCUGUCACAUGAGGGGUGUAGGCCAGCAUGCUGUAGUAUCAGGGAGUCCAUCCAGGCUCUCUGUGGUGAGGUUUGGCAAGAGCUAGGCUGAAAACACAUCUAUCAUCUGUCUGUCUGUCUAUCAUCUUUACCUAUCUGCUAUCAUCAUUAUCUAUCUAUCUAUCUAUCUAUCUAUCUAUCUAUCUAUCUAUCUAUCUACCUACCUACCUACCUACCAUCUGCCUGCCUGUCUGUUUAGCACUGAGAAUCGAACUCUGGCCCUGAAGCACACUAGGCAAGUUCUUUUUCACUGCACUAUAUCCCAGCUUUCCAUUUUAGCCAGAGUCUUGUGAUGUAGCCUAUGCUGGGUUUGAACUUUCAAUCAUCCUGCACCCACCUUCUGAGUGCUGGGAUGACAAGCCUGUGCCACUGUUGCCUAGCACAAUCUUUCUGAGAAUCCAGAAUCAUAGACAACUGGUCCCUGUUGCACCAAGGCUUUCUCCGGGUGGAAAGGGAAAGUGCACUUGUCCUGGGAGAUCAUUGCAGUCACCACCACCACCACUGUCAUCUCUACCAACAGAGACCUCCAUUGUUUUCUUCCCAACUGUAUACUUUUUUUUUGAAAAACAGAAAUGUAUUUAAAAAGCAAGUCAUUAUGAGCUAGGUGUGUCAGCACAGGCUUGUAGGCCAGCCUUGGCUAUGUAGUAAGUAUCCAUAAAAUUGCAACAUCAUAAAGCAAACAAACUGUGACAAGUUUAAAGUGUGCAGCAUAGUUUUGCCACAUUUACACAUUCAUGACAACCACAGCAGUAAAUGUCAUCCCUAAGCUUGCUGCAUUGUCUGCCAACCCCAUUCCUUCCACGCCUACCUCACUCAAAAGCCAUUAGCCUGUUCUGCCCCAUAAAUUAGUUUCCACUUUCUAGAUUUAGAUUAGUGCAUGGGAUCCUACAAACGUACUUUACAUAUACAUACAUAUGUACUAUAUACAUAUUAAAGAAAGCAUUAUUUUCAGACUCCCCUAUAUUAUUGCAUGUAUCAAGAAUUGCUUUUUGAAUAGUAUUUCGUGGGUGCACCACAGUUUACCCAUGAACCUGUUGAUAGAUAUUUGGUUGUUUCUAGGUUCUGGCUAUGACAGACAAGGCUGCUGUGAAAAUUCUUGUACUAGUUGUGGCGUGAGCAUUUCAUUUCUCUUGAGUAAGAACCUGGGUAUGUGUGUUAAUUAGUCUUCCGUUGCUAAGAGGAAAUACCUAAGAAAGACAACCAAGGAACAGAAGAAUUUGCUUUGGCUUGUUAUUUCAGGGGUGCUUUGGCUUGUUAUUUCAGGGGUGUCUCUCCACGUGUAUUCGGUCCUUUGGCCCCACACUUUUGGGCCUGAGAGAAGGCGAAACGUGUUCAAGCAAAGUCACUCACCUUGUGGCCGCUAGAAAAGAGAGAAAGGGCGGGGGCAGAAAAGGGGAGACUUUGGGCGACCUUUUUCCUCCAAUUCUAAACCCAUUGGUGAAUUAUCCCGCUAAUGAUCCAGUCUCCUCUGUAGACCACCACCAGCUAAGCCAUCAGCUUAUUAGCCUUUAGGGGCUACUGUUCAUAUCUCAACCAUCGAGAGAAGAAUGGCUAGGACACAUGGUAGGUAUCUCUAACACUUUAAGAAAGGGUCACACUGAUUUUCAAGGUCUUUAUAUAAUUUCUCAGUCUUACCAGUAGCGUACAGGAUUUCAGGUCCUCCCAUGUAUAGCUGCUAACUGAAAACACUGGUAAUGAUUAGUGUGGUGUGUAGGGGUGGGUGGGUACACGUCCCAUGGCACACAUAUGGGGGUCAGAAGACAACUAUAUGAACUUAGUUUCCUUCUUCUUUAUCUACAUGGGCUCCAGGAAUUGAACUUAGGUUACUAGGCUUGUACAGCAAGAGCAUCCACCCACUGAGCCAUCUCGCUGGUCCUAUGGAUUUAAUUUAACUUACUAUUGUCCGAGAAUGCAGUGUGGCUCUGUGCUGUUUGAAUUUUUUGGUUAGCUUCACAGCUCAUCAUAUGGCCAGUACUGGUAAAUUUGUUGCUUGUAAAGAAUGUAUAUUCCAUUGCUGCUGGAUGUUAAGUGUUAAUUAAAGUCAGGGUGGCUGAUAGUAUUGUUUAAGUCUAAGCUAUGCUUGCUGAUUUUCUCCCUAUUUGUUUGAUCUGUUGAGUGGGAACACCGAAGUCUCUGACUAUAAGUGUGGAACACCGAAGUCUCUGACUUUAAGUGUGAAUUUGUUUAUUUCUUACUGAUGUUCUACCACUUUUUUGUUUUGUAUGCUCUGAAGAUUUAUUACUGGGAGCAUAAACAUUUAGGUCUGCCAUGAACCAUUGCCCUGCUAUUGUCAUGGAAGGACUCUUAUCCUAUCCUGGUGAUAUUCCUUCUUCUGAAAUGUGCCUAACUGAUACUGAGUCAUGUGACACUUAUUAUUAGAUUAUUAUUAAUGGCUAGGCUUUAUGUCAACUUGAUACAAGCUAGAGCCAUUUGGGAAGAGGGAAUCAGUUAAGAAAAUGUGCCCACGAGAUUGGUCUAUCUAUACAUAAGACUGUGGUACAUUUUGUUAAUUUGUGAUUGUUGGUAGGGCCAUCCCUGGGCUGGUGGUCCUGGGAUCUAUAAGAAGCAGCUUGAGCAAGCCAGGAGGAGGAAGCCAGUAAGCAACA